CAUUUAGCAAUGGACGGCUAGGAUUAAAACAAUAUACGCGAUUUAAAAAAGCGUAUACGAUAUAUCAUAGAGCGUAAGAGAAGAGCCGGUUUUUUUCCUUCUGGGUUUACGCUCUAUCAUAUAGCGGAGCCGGUUUUUUUAACGGAACCGGGUUUCGUUUCAUUGUAUAGCGUAUCGUGGAUAGUAAGUAAAAAUCAACGAAAAUAACAACUGAAAACCCUAACCACCACCGAUAACCACGAUUCUAAAGGCGAUUCAAGGCGAUUCAAGGCACGUUCUUGCGAUUCAAGGCAAUUCAAAGCUAAUUCGAGAUAUGGCGAAUGAUUAUUGUGGCCCAGUCGAUAAUUCUGUGCUCUAUGACCAAGCUAAUCACAUAAGCACCACAAUCUGGAACGGGGGGUUAAGAGAAAAGCUAACAAUCCGUCAGAGUACAUCUAAUCUCGGCGAAUGGCAUUUACAUGAUUAUCAAGUCCACUUAUUGCGGCAAUGGGGAUUUGGGAUGUUUGUAAACCCAAAGUCGGUUAUGCAGAAUGAUGUUAGCUUGAUCACAGCUUUAGUGGAGCGUUGGAGACCCGAGACCAACACUUUUCACUUCACUUUCGGGGAGAUGACUGUGACCCUUGAAGAUGUAUAUAUGUUGAUGGGUCUACCAGUGGUUGGAGAGCCAAUUAGAUCCGAUGAUGAUAUUCCACAUAAGAGUACAUGGCUUCGAAGAUGGCACGAUCCAGAACUUACAGAGGAGCAAAGGAUAUCUGCCUUGGACCGUGGUGGUGUGAAGUUGAGAUUUUUGAGAGCGCAGUAUGGUACUUGCCCUUCGAGUACAGAUCGGGAUAUGAUGGUGAUAUACACUCGGGCAUAUGUUCUCUACUUGUGUGGGGCAAUACUGUUUCCUACCAAGUCCAACAAUGUCGUCCACCCUCGACUGAUCCUAUUUCUAGAGGAUCCGAGCAAAAUUUAUGGAUAUGCUUGGGGGGCUGCAGUUCUUGCAUAUCUAUAUAGGAAUUUGCAAGAGGCUAGUAGAAAGGAUGUCAGGUCCAUAUCCGGUUGUACAACAGUUUUGAUGCUAUGGUCUCGUGAGAGGUUGCGCCCGGGACAACCUUUGAUAGCAGAAAAUACGAGGAUGAUAUGGCCUAGGGCAUUAGCAUGGGCUGUUGCUCCAGUCUCUGCAGGGAGGUCAAAGUUCUACAACGUUCAUCACAACAUCGAUGCAUACAGAGGUAUGUUCGAUAAUUUCUAUUUGGAUUGGGUGCGUUGGAGGCCAUAUGCACGUUUCUAUCGGAGGCCUGAUGCGCAUUUCGAGAGAGCUCUAAUUGCCGGCAUUGCCCGUGUACCACUCCAUUACUUUGAGGAUGUAGAGUACCAGCUCCCAGAAAGGGUCCCAAGGCAAUUCGAUAUGCCGUUGUGUAAGUCUAAAUGUAAAGACAACCCUAUCUGUUACAUAGGGAUGAUAACUCAACAAUAG